AUGUUUAGUGGUUCUACUUGUGUCAGUGUUUACAUUACUUAAAAUAAAUAUUAUUGUGCUAAUAUUGGUGAUUCUAGAGCUAUCAUAGCACAACAUUAAGAUAAAAACUAAUGGGUGGCUGUACCUUUAUCAAUAGAUCAUAAACCUGACUCAGCAAUUGAAUAUUAAAGAAUUAUUUAAAGUGGAGGAAGAGUUGAUUGCUUCAAAGAUUAAGAAGGGAAUUGUGUUGGACCUUCCAGAGUUUGGAUGAAAUAUGAAAAUAUACCUGGAUUGGCUAUGUCAAGAUCUUUUGGAGAUUUUGUUGCUAGUUAAGUUGGAGUUAUUUAAGAACCAGAAAUUUUGUCUUUUGAUAUAAAAGAAUAAGAUAGAAUUUUAGUAGUUGCUAGUGAUGGAAUAUGGGAAUUUUUAAGUAACUAAAUGGUUAUUAAUAUGGUUUAACCUUUUUAUUAAAAAAAUGACACAGAAGGAGCUUGUGAAAAGCUUAUUAAAGAAGCCGUUAGUGCAUGGAAAAGAGAGGAUGAUGUUAUUGAUGAUAUUACUUGCAUUGUGGCUUUUUUAAAUAAAUGA